AUCUACAAAGGCCUGCUGUCUGUCUUCUAUAACUGUCUCCUCUCCUCCAGAUCUACCAGGGACCUACUGGCUGUCUUCUAUAACUGUCUCCUCUCCUCCAGAUCUAAGGGCCAUAUCUACCAGGGCCUACUGGCUGUCUUCUAUAACCUGGGAGACGGAGACUACAACCUGACACUGCCCUCAUAUCGCCUGGACAAUGGCGAGUGGCACGAGGUCUACCUGGAUCGCCACGACAACGAGCUGACCCUGCGUCUGGACGGGGGCGGGGGCAGACGGGAGGCCAGCGUGGCGCCAGGCCGGAGCCGAGAGAUCAUCACCGACCCCGCAGUGGUGAUGCUGGGAAACGCCUUCCCCUCAGGCUCCAACAAGAGCUUCCAGGGUUGCAUGCGGGACCUAAGGCUGAAUGGUCGAUACGUGCCUCUGGAUGGCCAGCCCAGAGACGGGGUCUCCGUGGUCAGCUCCCAGGGGCUCUCCAUCGGUUGCUCCUCCGACUCCUGCAAGAGGAACCAAUGUAGCCCCCCCUUCACCUGUGUUGACCUCUGGAGAGUCCAUGAGUGCAGGUGUCCCCCUGGCCACAUGGUGAAGGUGAACGGUACGGGGAAGUUCUGCCUCUACACCCUGUGUGCCAGUCGGCCAUGCCACCGGGGCACCUGCGUGGCACAGUCGCCCUCCAAGUUCACGUGCCACUGCCCCGAGGGCUACCGGGGGCGCCACUGCGAGGUGGCGCUGGCCAUCUACCGAGAUGACGUGGGCCUGAGCUUCAGCUCCCUGUUCGCUAUUUGCAUCUGCUUCAUGGCUCUGCUAGUGCUGCUGCUGGGCAUCUUCCUGUACACCCGCUGGCGCAGCUACAAGGGCCUAAAGGAGGGCGUUUACCACGUGUCAGCUCACAAUGACGGCUGGGAGGACAUCAGAGAGAACGUGCUCAACUACGAUGAGGAAGGAGGAGGAGAGGAGGACCAGAAUGCCUAUGAUAUGGCCGAGCUCCAGAAGUCUCUCCAGCCCAGUCCGGCCCAGUCUGUCCAGUACAGCCGCUCCAGAGCCAUCCACCAACAUCACCACCCCCACACCCAGCACCAACAUCCCCAGCCCCAGGACACUCUUAGCAGGCUGGGUGCCAGCACCGCCUCCUCCUCCUUCACCACAACCACCACCCUGCGGAGGGACGUGCCCCCCACCAGGACCCCCGCCCAGGGCCAGAGCAGGCCCCUCCUGCUGGCCAGAAAGAGCCUGUCCUUCUCCAGCCAGGACCUGGCCCGCUACCUGUGUGAGAUCAUCCGGGACGCUGACCAGGCCCCAGAGACGGCUCCCCUUCGACUCCCUGCAGGUGUUCUCCACGGAGGGGGGAGGCUCGCUGGCCGGGUCCCUCAGCUCCUUCAGCUCAGCCGGGUUGGAGGAGGACACGGCUAGGGGCCAAGACUCCCUGAAGGAUUGGGGCCCACGUUUCGAGGAACUCAAAGCCCUCUACGAGAAAACCGAGGCCAGCGACCUCUGAACGCUGAGAGAGACAGACCAAGCUACCGUAGUGCAGAGACCACCAAACAGCAGAAAACUACAGAGCUACAUGAAACUAAUUGGAAGCAUAGGAGGAGAGAGAGAAGUGCAGGAAGGAGAGAGAGACUGAUGGAGAGCUUGGCCUCUCUCUCUCUGGGAGUGACUUGUUCUCCACAGGGAUUUUCCUCUAAACGGGCCUAGAGCGAGGCUGAGGCUGGGACUGACGUUAACCUAACCGGGCCUAUAGCUGAGACUCACUGUUCACUGGAUAAUGGGAGCUGCCAAUCAAUGACAUGGACAGAUUAAUGAUGGCACUUACCGAGCAUGGCACACAGCCCUAUUGUAGUGACUUGCGGUUGACAAUGAUUCGGGUGAAAAUGUUAUUAUAUUUGUCAGUGAAAUGAAUUGCGAUGAUUGCCUGGCACCUCUUGGACCUUGAUAUACCGUAUUCCGUUCUCUACGUCUGUAAUACUUCAGUGUUUUAAAAACUGCUUAGACAUUUGACACAGGAAGAUUUUUCUGUGGCCUUCCAGUGGGCUAUCUUUCUAAAAUCACUUUGCUGGGUGUGCAGUCAACAGUUACCAGUUGUGCUCAUAAGUUAUACUUAAACUUCUCCUUACUUUAUUUGGUUUUCUAUUCACUCCACUCUCCCCUCCAUUCAUUGCUAUUCACCGGAGGGAGAGAGCUCAGAAAUCAAGCUGGAGAGUAGAAAAGAAAGAACGCACAUAGGAGCCGAGGAAAGGUCCUUUUCUGUUUCUCAGCUUUAACCUUCUUUCUCAGGAAUACCAAACAUUCUGAACGCCACCACUCCAGCUGAAGACCAUGCUAUGAAUACAAAUGACAAAUUCAUUGUGAAUGGCUGUCCAAGGUGAGAAAAGUACAGAGGGUCCCACCGAAGCCUCCUACAGAAUGAACAGUGGACACCCUCUGACCUUUGCUGUUGUUGCCAUGGUGUUGUGAUAGUAGAGGCAGCCAUAGUUUACUGUAUUCACUGAUAUAUGUCUGAAAGGGAAUGUUUACCAGUUGUGUUAAAGAGGUGGUGGGGACUUUCACAGUAAACAGUAUGAGCCCAGCAGUUUGAACGAUCGAAGGGAAAUGAUCCAGCUACAUGGGUAUUCACUAAACAGGGGGGUUCAGCUAUUUAUCUUCCCCAAAGCUGGUUGAUGCACUCCCCCACAAACAGUUCCCCUUCCAUCAUAUCAACCAGGACCAAUCUGCCCAAACUAAAAACCCUUCAGAAGCCAGCGUUCACUGCAUUUGUGUUGUUCACCUCUGCUUUGAGAGAGGAGUGCAGAGUGGAGGUGAAAUUAGCCAUAGAAUGCAGAAGGGAGGAAGAGUGGAAAGGAGGGAGGGUUUGGGCUCAUUCAAAGCACCUCUGGGACUCUGAGUUAAAUGUGCUUGUGUGAGGAGCUGUGAAGCUCCAUGGGGCGUAGACAAGGGGACGGGAAAGGGUUUUGGAAAUGGUUUGUUGCACAGCAAAUGGAAUAAAUAAAAAGUAAUGUAACCUCCCUCUGCGAUAGACUAAACGCCAACCUUGUAUUUCAUGUAUUUCGAGAUAGCAUCAGUACACCCUUCUCAUUAUUUUGAUUUAGUUUCUAUUUUUUCAGUGCAGAGAUGCUGCAUGUUGAGUGUGACGGCACAACAGUAAAGGGUAGGAGUGUGUUAAAACACAUCAGAGCACUAAUCCUAAUGGGAGUUGAUGGCAGCGCUGUCAUGCUGUAAACUAAAGGAUCAUGGGAGUUUUAAAAGUCGAUUGAGAAGUCGACAUUCUGAUUAUGGAUUUCAAACGUGCCAAUUUUCUGAAGGCAGCAACAACAUGAGUUUAAAAUAGGAUUGGGGAUGUGAGGGUAUGGAAUGCUGCCGCAAUGCAAUGCUUUUUUAUAGACAUCAAAAGCUCCUCGAGGGAUGGAGUUAUGAUUCAUCCUCCGAGCACGGUUGGCCAGGAACCUUAUAGAGGAGCUAGUAAAAUAAUAAUGAUUAAAAUGUGAAGAUUGUGUUUGGGAUUCACGGGAUUUCUCUCUGUGUUUGAGAGAAGAGAUUAUACUUUAAUUUGUAUCAUAAAUGGCUUCAACAUUGUCUAAUGGAUACAGACAUAUUGUGGCAUUUUAUGUUUUUACCUCAUUUGUAUAUAGAAAGAUAAAUGAAGUCAUUGCUUUUUUAAUGUGUCAAUGGAAGAACUAUGGAUCACGUACUGCUUCUUUAAGAAAAAGUGAACUUAUCUUUUUUAUCAUUAUCAUGACCAGCUUUGAAUAUAGAUAUAUUGGUGUUUUGUAUUUGCAUCAAUCUUUUUUUCUCAAUAAAGAUUCAUUUAUUUGAAUCAGUAAUUGUCCUGAUUGUUUGCAUACAGCAUGAUGUGAGUUUAUGGCAGGGUUCCCCAACUGGCGGCCAGCGGGCCAAAUUUUGGCCCGUGUGUGGUUUUAUUUUUGCACCCCAAGUAUUCUGAGCAAAAAAAUGAAUAAAGU